CAUGGCUAUUCAUGAAGAUUCGUCAGGAGGGCUCGGGAUGGCUCAUUUCCGAUUGUGGUGAAGUCUUUUCCAUCGCCUUGUUUCCAGUGUCUGAGAGGGUGGUCAAACUGGUGAAAAUAAUCCACAGAAUCUUUCAAUAUGCGUCUCUACAAGGACAGAAAUUUUGAAAAUGCAGAACUAUUCACUGAUGUCUACAAGGUCGAACUGAUAGAUGAUGUCAUUUAUGAAGUUGAAGGAGAGACAGUCACUGAAAGAUUUGACAGCACUCAAGUGAACACAGGUGCAAAUGCUUCUGCAGAGGAACCUGAUGAAGCCGGGGAUGUCCAGUCAACAACGGGUCCCAACUUUGUGUCUGCCUGCCAACUGAAACUGCUGGAGUCCAAAUUUACCAAGAAAGAGUUCUUGGUAUACCUGAAGGCUUACCUAAAGACUUUGGUGUUCCCAGAGGACAGGAAGGCAGAACUACAGAAAAAGAUAGAAAACUACAUGAAGACCAAGGUCCUCCCAAAUUUUAAGAAUUUUGACCAGUACGUUGGGAAGGAUCUGAUCGUUGAUUUGGAAGACACGCCGUACCCAAUGAUCUGUCUGUUGAAUUACCGAGAAGAUACUGAUAAGCCCUACAUGGUUGUGUUCAAGCAUGGACUGACUGAAGAAAAUUUGUGAUGCCAUCCUGGGAGUGGUCCCCAAGUACUGCUUCAGACAAGAAAAGAAUUCCUAUUAGUUAAAGAGCUGCAGCAUCUACGAAGGAUAAGUUGACAUCGAGGGGCCUAGGAUUGGAGAUGAGAAUAUGCAACACAUAGUAUUGUUAUUACAUCCUGUGUUGAACAUAAACACAACAUGAUAUAAGUUGAUGUAGACGACACCCCUCAAAUUAGUUAACACUUUGUAUUCUAACAUUAACCUCAAGACUACUAAUUUGAUCAUCCUCUUCCAAGUACAAAAGGUUAUUUGCACAAAGUCAUAUUUAUAAACCUAGUUGAUAACAUUGGAUUACUCAAGGGAAGUUAAAUGAUUUCCUGAACUAAAAUGAAAGUCCCUAAAUUCAGUGUUGACUGAUCCUCCAUUGUUGAACUUUUUUUUCUGUGCAAGUGAAAAAUUUUGUAAGUGGUUAUUAUCUAUCUGGGAGGAAGACUGGAAAGAAGCCAACUCGUUCAUGCUGAAGCUCUCUAAUGAGAUUAAUCUGGAUUUUUUGCCCAGUAAAAAUGUUAAUCAUGCUUUGCCUAUGCAGUCUUCAAAACUGUCUGCACAUUUUUACCAUGUUACAGGUCUCACUAAUGUAGUGUGAUAUGUUUGAAUUAAAGCUUUUGUUGUAUAAAAAUCAAGUUCAUGAACAAGACAUUAGCUUUAUAAAUGGCAGUAUAGGCUACCACUCUGUCUGCUUGCUGUAGAGUAAGAUCUGUUGCAAUAAACUCCAAACGUUGGCUUUGAUUUCAAUGUUUUAGAGUACAGAAAUGAAUACGUCGUGUACACAGUUGCGUAAAAGACGGGGAGAACUAGUGUGUGAACCAACAUACACGUGUACUCCUUUCGUUUGUACUGCCCUCUCUGGUUUUAAACGAUGUUACACUUUGGUACUCUAUAAUGCAUUGCAGUGAACAGCAGUAGCCAUUUACUUUGACAUUUUAAUUUCAAUUUGGACCUUAUUUCCUCAAUGUCGUUCAGAGUUCACAACUAAACGCUUGCUUGACUCGUAGCAGUUACAGUUGUUUCCCAGAAAUUGCAGGCAGUACACCUGUACUUCUAAUGUGCCAUUAAGUGCUGUAAAGGAGCAUUACUAUUUCAUAUCAUGGCAAAAGUGACAAAUUAAGAGCUGUACAAACUCUUACGCUCUGAAGAACUUUCGAGCAGGCUACCGAUAGUUCCACAAUUUUUGAAAUGUAUUUGCAGAUGUCAUUAUUUUAAACUUCUGGCAAUAUUUACAUUGACUUGUACUUGAAUACAUUUGAAGAUGCACUAUAAUGCUUACAGGAAUACAAAUUACUGCUUGUAUUUAUUAUGUAGAAAGGGUUUUUAACAAAUCAAAAAUGUAUCAAUAUUUUGUUACAAACCCCAGAUUACUGGUGGUUGUUACAAAACACACAACUUGGUUAUUCGAAACCUCCUUGUAGGACUCCGUGAAAUAAAAUGUUUAUUUGGAUUGAA